AUGAAGAGAAUACUUUCUUCUAUUUCAGACAAAACCGCCGCUCAUUAUUUUAAAUCUGUGAGGCGUGCGUUUAUGUGCGUGUGUGUGUGUGACGCAUUCUUUUCUUUGAAGCGUGCGAGACGAAUCCCCUACUUCUUUCGCCCCCUCGGAGACAGACACAUCAUCAUGACGAACAAAAACAAGAACAAAAACAAGAACGAGAAUAACAUGAACAACUCGAAAGAAGAAACCGAAGGGAGGGACACGCCUCUCUCUUUAUACUCCGCGAUCGUCGGAGGGGAAGGGCAGGAUUUCGUGGCGACGACGCUGAGCACGAGCGCGCAGGUCGAAGCGGCGGUGCAAAAAGUCCAAUCCUCGUGCGCGUUAAAAAAUGCCUCCGGAUGCGAACAAUACCUCGGCUUGUUGGAUCAGUUGGAGAUUUCGCGACCGCUGGCGUAUAAAAACAUCUUGGACGACGCGUCGGAAGAAUUACUGACUAGGAUUAAAAUAGCACCGCAAGGAAAUUUAUUGAGUUUAUUGCAAGCCUCGUUCCCGUUUAUCGGCAUCGAGGAAUUGAAACGGAUCCCGUUGACUAUUCUCGAAAGAUUGAGUCCGGUGCCGGCGAACUAUUUGAAACUGAUAUCGAGGGAUUUGAGUAUUUUUAGGCAGUGCUCGUUGAAAGUGCAGAGACAGGUGUGGGCGAUGGAUAAGGGGACGCUGAGGAAAAAUUUGUCGAGCGUUUUAGAUUCGUACGGAGAGGAGAAGGAGGUUUUGAGGAGACACUCGUCCAUCGAGGACGUGCAGUUGGCGCCGUUAGUCCCCGAGGAGGAUUGGAGCGCGCCGAGGAAAGAGUCCGAGGAAGACUUGGGUGGCACAGGAAGACAAUCGCGCGGAAAACAAGUAGCGACAGCAGUAGGGGCGUCGAAGAUAGCGAAUAGCAAGAAGAGUAGUAAAGCGAAUGCAAUGCAAGCAAGGAAAGAGGCGAGUAAGAAAGCGACGACGACGGCAGGGGCGAAGACAACGAGCGCUGCCGCCGCAGCUGUCGCGGACGUAGUCGACAACAAGGACGUGCAACCAAGGCGAAUAUUGCGGGGGAAAUCUCCAGCAAUUCAUCGUUUACGUAAGGUUGUCGGCGAUAACAUCACGCUGUAUAAUGCCGUCGUCCGAGAGAUCCGGACGAGGUAUGCCAAUACCGGGGAUCCUUCCACGUGCGCGUUACGCUCGCAAUUUCUCAUGGCAUUUCACGACGACGAGGUGCAAGAAUUGUGUGAAAUUGAUCCCUCACACAGACUCGCGUGGCUCAUGGAUGCCUGCGUUCGCGACAGGUACUUAGAUAAUAGAAGAUUAUUAGAAAUGGGGAACAUUCUAGACUCUGCGGAGUUAGCCUCGAGGAACGACGUGAAGAAUAAAGGCAAGGGGCAACCGCCAAAGAAGAAAUUAAAAGUAAAGUUCACGUUUGGUGCUGCCGCGAAACCAACCGUUUCGGAAUCAGACGGAGGCGCAUCGGCGGUUUCUCGCGUUCAAAAGAUUGAGGAUGUGGUGGAACCAGCGGAAACGAUUUUAGGGGACAUGGGAAUGAUUUUACGAGAUCCUCCGGUGUUUCACUUGCUUUUACACGAGACCAUGCGCACGUUACAAUUCGUGGUGAAAGACGAACGACAACCUAAAACCGAUACGAGAUUGAAAAAGUUGGCAAAAUUUGUUUGUUUAGCGCUUAAUUCAAGAGAAUUGUUGCAAAAAGGUGAUAUGGCUGUGGUAUCCGCGGUACCUCCUGAGAUUUUAGGAACAUUUUUCCCGAUGCUCGCCGAUUUAAUGAUUGAAAAAAUGCUCUCGGAAGAUUCCGACGACGAAGAUGAGUCAGACGAUGAAGAGGCGAAGGAGGUCGACGAUGCGGAUGAUAAUGGCUCCGACGAAGCUUCCGACGAAGCUUCCGACGAUGAGGACGACGACGAGGAUUUGGAAGAAAAGAUUGAAAAACUGGCGGAGAUGAUUACAGAGUCACCGGCAAUUCGCAAGUUUGCGCUCAUGUACGGAAUAAUUUGCUUGAAAGCUCCGGAUAAAAUCUCCUGCAAAGCGGCGAGAUUAAUGUUUGAAUCCGUCGCAAAAGCAUCCAAAGACAUCGACGUGGUUGAUGACAAAGACACCUAUCUCAUGCUCGCUACGCGAGUGCGCGGUAUGUGUAGUGUGAACCUCCCUCAAUACAAAACAAAAGGCAAGAGGAAGAAGAAGAAGAAGGAAACGAAUGGUUCGCAAAACCCUAUGAUUCCUUUCAGCUCUUCAAAUCAGGUGUGGCGAGCUUGCGUCGGCAUUGCUUUGACGAAAGCUUCCAUUGGUUCGUACGAUAUCCACGAAAAAAUAUUGGACAUUCUAGCGGAAGCGUCGAAAAAAUCGAGACGAAAUAAAAUGUCAGCGGAAGAAUUAGGCAAAGCUGUCGAUAAGGUACUCAUCGCGACGAAAAAAACGCGCAGGGUGCAGCGAAAGAAGAGAGAAGCGAGCAAAAAUUACACGUGGGAAUGCGAGCCGUUACCACCGGGAGCGACGGAGGAGAAGCCAGCAGAGAGCAAAGAAACCAUCGCGUUGGCGCUUCGCAAACCUGGCGCUGGUUCUCAAUCGCCAUUCACCAUGGACGAUCUUCGAACGAAAUAUUCUGAAUUCAUGACGAAUUUUGGCAUAACCGAAAAAGAAGCGCCAGCUUUGUUCGCUUAUUUGUCCAAAAAAGAAAAGAUGAAGCGCAGUCGAAGUGGUUUAGGCAUGACAAAGACGGGAGACGACGACGAUAAGAAGAACGACAAUCCCGACUCCGAGGACGAAGAAGAGGACGAAGAAGAGAAGAACAGAGAAGAAGAUGGCGAUACCAUGGAUGAAGUUACCGGAGACGACUUCGAUAACGAAACUGGAGGAGUUGAAGUCAAAGACGAUGGCGCUGGUUUAAAAUCUCCCGUGAUGGACUAUUGA